GCUGAACCAUUCUUCCACCAGGCGCCCAGAUUGGAUUUCAGACCGAGCAAACUCUCUAGGAUCAGCGGCCGGAGCGGGAGCAGGGAUUUGGGCCAGGCAAGUGAGGAGCGCGAGAAAUUUUUGGUUGCUACCAGCACAUUUUGGGGCUGCUGCCGUGGUCGCCGGAGGGAGGGAGGGGCGCGGGGGCCGGCUUCGGUCGCCCACGGGCCGCCGUCAGGGCCCCGAGAUGCCUGAGUCCAGGGAUGGCAGGAGGGCGGCCCUCGCCGACCUCUCCAGCGGUGUUGGGGGCGGAGGGUUCUUCAUCAGGAGGGUGGGCUCGCCGGGAGCACUGGCGGCGAGGGGCAUCCGUAAGCCGCUGGCGCGGCGGUACAUUUCGCCUUCGAGGAACAAGGAGAACCUGCUCCCGGUUUGGGCCUUGAGGGCCACGCCGAAGCAGAGGAGGAGCCCGCUUCCUGAAUGGUAUCCCAGGACGCCGCUCCGCGACAUCACGGCAAUUGCAAAGGCUAUUCAGAGAAGCCGUUUAAGGAUUGCUGCUGCUCAGCAGCAAAGUCAAAGGCCUGAGCAGUCUCCGCAAUCUGUAAACCUGACUACUACUCCAGCACAAGCAGAGCAGAACACACCUCACAGCGCUGAUGCUUCCCUGGCAGUUGCCUCUGGUUCUGGCUCAACUGAAAGAGAAACUGUAGCAUGCCCUGCAACUGCCUUGGCUGGUGACAAUGUUAGGGUGUGUUCCUCACCAGUGGAAAGCUCAUUGGAGACUCCAUCCAAACCAAUGGAUCCUGCCGUUGCUGGUAUUGUUGAGAAGAAACUGUCCAGCUCAAUAGAGAAGAUAGAGAAGUUGGUGAGGAGAAACCUGAAGCGAACACCAAAGGCUGCUCAGGCCUCUAGGAGGGCCACCCAGAGGCGCAAUCUGAUGUCCAUGCGAUGAAUUGGCUGCUGUAAUUCAUGGUGGGGGAGAGGAGAAAGUCCACCUCAUGCUUCUCCUUCCCCUUGUCUGCUGCUUCCAUAGCUGCUAGCUUAACCUGCAACACAUGCCAUGGCAUGAUGCCAAGGAGCCUUCCUGGUUCUCUCCUCGAGGACCAAAGAAAAUGUGGCUAUUGGCUCUUUGUUUGAGGUUCUAGGGUUUGCAGCUGCUAGUGUGAGGUGCCAUGAGGUCCAUGCUACUGUUGUAUAAUUAUGCUUACUUUUCUGUGUAUCCCAGUGGGUGGUUGAACAGAUGAAUCUUGAGUUUUCUUCUGUUCUGCAAUAUUACCAUAGCCCCUAGUGUCUGAA